AUGAGCGCUGAUUCAAAAUUGUCAAUCGAAAGAAUCUAUGGGACCUCAUCAAAUAACCAGCUCAACUUUGCAAAGUCUAAAAACUUGGUCGCUUAUAUCGCCAGCGGUGGUGUUGUUGUCGCACCAAUAGACAAGUCAACGGGAACGCUACAGUCAAAUCAAAGAUUCUUCUGCGCUUAUAAUGCUAACAAUCAAUCAAGCAACCAAACAGGUGCUAACUCAUAUCUCAACCUUUUCCAGAACCAACAACCUUCUGAAGAAAAAGAUCAAUAUGGGAAUCCUAAAUUGCAGGGCACAAUCACAAUCAACAACAGCACCGAUAUCAACACUCAAAUGAAUGAUCUAUCGCUCAGCUCUUCGCCACCAAAACAAGCCCAAAAAAUCAAAACUAUAACUUGCAUUGCCAUUUCGCCUGACGAAAAGCUCUUAGCGGUUGGUGAGACCGGCUCACAACCAAGAAUUUUGAUUUUUUCAUUAGCACCAGAUUCAAAUGAUCAUCCCAUCUUGAGCUUGUCAGAGCACAACUUUGGUAUACUAGCGGUGAGGUUCUCUCCUGAUUCAAAAUAUUUGUUGAGUGUUGGUGUUAACCAUGAUAGUUUUCUUUAUCUAUGGCACUUGGAUGGGGCCAAUACUGCUAUUGUGGGUGCUAAUCGCUGCACUUCCCAAAUCAAUGGUUUACUAUGGAUAGACCAACAUAUCGUAACAUUUGGUAUCAGACACAUCAAGAUCUGGAAGUUUGAAAAAUUUGAAACUAAGUCAAUGAUUGAUGGUAAAAGUGUUAUUUUAGGUGAUUUCUUAAACGGGAAUUUCGUACAUGCUACAGGUGAUGAUAUUGAUGACCUUUUAUUUUUAACUGCAACAGGUGAAAUAUGUCUUUAUGACCCAGCAAAAAAUGCACUAAGCUUGAGAUAUAUUUUCAAAGAUCAGGAUGAAAAAGUUGGUGCAAUUCUUAGAGAUGCUUAUAAUAGUAGAGUUUGGUUUGGAUCAGACAGCCUUGAUUCACUAAGUCCAGAGUCUUUAGAGAAAGAAAUUCAAUACGAAACUGGAGGUUGCCCAGACUCACCAAGCAAAGUUAAGUUUUAUUCCAAGAUAGCAGCUAUUUACGAGGUGAAUGAGCAAUUCCUUAUUUAUUUGACAUCUGAUGAAGAGAUUCAGUUAUUUGACAAAACUACUUCAACAACUAAACCGUUGAUAGAUACAUUAUCUAAGAGCAUUACCGGUGUCAAAUCUGUAUCUAAUGGGAAGAUCGUUAACUGGACUAAAGAAGGUGUUGUGAAAGUUAUUGGUCAGGAUAAUUUGGAUAUUGAUUUCCUUGUGAAAGUUGAUAUCAAUGAUUUACCUAACAAGAUUAUUUCAAACCAUGUCACUGCUUUAGAUGUUAAUGACUCCAAUGAGAUCAUAAUUGGUGAUGCUUAUGGAAACCUAUCCACAUUUGAUGAAAGUGGGCAAAUGACUUUCUCUACACCAACGCAUGAGUUCACUGUCAAUGAUGUUUGUUACUUCAGAUACGAAGGUUUUGAGAUCAUUGUCAGUAUUGGAAGAGACCGUAUGAUUCAAGUUCUUGCCAAAAAAACUUGUGAAGAGGAUGACACUGCCAAUAACUCUGAUAUUGGCAGCCAAUGGUCAGUUUUUCAAACAUUAGAUGAUCACAAGGGAAACUUGUUGGAUCUCAAACACCAUGAUGGAAGAAUCUUUGUCAGUUCGGCUGAUAGAUCAAUCACAAUCCAUAAAUUCUUUGUCGAUGAAGAAGGACUAUCAAUUGAAAAAGAAAAAACCAUAUCUGUUAAAAGCUCACCAUUAGCUAUGACCCUCUAUAAAGAAGAUCUUGUGGUUUCCACUAAUGACAAGAAUAUAACAGUUUACAACACUACGACUUUGGAAUCGACGAGGUCCUUCAAACUUUAUGAUAAUGGUAAUGAAAGUUUGUUGGUUGAUAAUGUUCAAGUCACUGAUGAUAACGUUAUGGUCUGUUCAUGUUCAGACAAGAGUAUCAGAUCUUUUAGCUACUUGACAGGAAAACAACUAUCUGUAAAUUGGGGACAUUCUGAAGCUAUUAAGCAGUUGGUAUUGCUAUCAAAGAAUCAUUUGAUUACUUUGAGUAAUAGUGGGUGCCUAUUUACUUGGUCUUUAAAUAACAAAAGUCCAUUCAAUCAAGAUUCCUCAAAAAGUACGAUUCAAAAGUAUAGUGACUUUACUACUCCUCCCAAGGUCACCAGGAAGAUCAAGAGACCACUAACAGCUUCACCAUCAACUAGGAAAGCAGCCUCGAGCUCGGUUACAAGAAGUCCUGUCACUUCAAGAUUACAAACAACUGCAAGAUUAACGCCUUCAAAGCUAACAAACUCAACAAAAACUAAUUUAUCACCUUCAUCAACAAAGAGCUCACCUAGACAGACAUCGCCUAAGGCAUCAAACACUCCCACAACACCAACCAUCUCAAGAUUCAAUCCACGGUCCUCCAUGUCAGUUAAUAACAGAUCAAGAAUUUCUGAGCUAAGUGAAAGAAAAUUGAGAGCUGAGGAUAUGGUAACAUAUUUGAAAGAAUUUAAAGAAAAUAUUGGUACCUAUAGUGUUGCAGAAGUUGAAACAGUUAAAAAAGAAAUUAAAGAAUUAUUCAAUUAUGAAGAAGAGCUAAUAAUCAAAUACAACACACAAAUGAUGGACAAACUUAAUGAACUGAUGAAAAACUAA